AUGGCUAUUACAGGAGAUCCCUCCAUCGAUCAAAAGAAUAUGCACCACGACGACAAGAUGCAUGACCCUGAACUGAACAGGAUCGAAACCUGCUCGGAUGGACAGCAGCUGCGUCCUUUAGAGCAGGCGGGCACCAAGCGAAAUAUCAGGUCAAGACACGCUCAAAUGAUCGCUAUUGGCGGCACCAUCGGUACAGGUCUCUUUGUCGGUUCAGGCCAAGCUCUCGCAAUAGGAGGGCCAGCGUUUCUCUUCCUUGCAUACUGCAUCAUCUCACUCCUAGUCUAUGGUGUGGUCACAGCCGUCAUCGAAGUCUGUACAUUUUUGCCCAUCUCCGGAAGCUCUAUGGCGUAUUUCUGUGCUCGUUUUGUCUCACCUUCUCUCGGAUUCGCCCUGGGCUGGCUCUACUUCUACUCCUUUGGUAUUAUUGCUGCCUACGAAAUCACCGCGGCAACUAUUGUCAUUGGUUAUUGGCCCAACAAUGUUCCUGUCGCAGUCUGGAUCACUAUCAUGCUGGUCAUCAUCGUUGGCCUCAAUCUUUGCCCAGUAGGGAUAUUUGCGGAAACAGAAUUCUGGUUUGCGGGAACUAAAGUCGUCAUGAUUAUUGGUCUCUUGGUCCUUUCAUUCAUUCUAAUGCUCGGUGGAGGGCCGUCCCAUGACCGGCUAGGCUUUCGAUAUUGGAAUGACCCCGGAGCAGUUAAAUCAUAUAUCCUGGAAGGCCCCGGCGGCCGCUUCACUGCAUUUCUCUACGUUUGGGUUUUCUCCGGCUUCUCCUUUUACUUUGGCCCGGAGUUGAUUGUCUUCACGGCCGGUGAGAUGCGAAAUCCACGCAAGAACCUCCCAAUCGCAGCCCGUCGCUUUUUCUACCGUCUCAUCAUCUUUUAUCUCUUGGGAUCCCUUGCGAUCGGCGUGAUUUGCAACUCGAACUCUGGUGGGCUCACAUCUGGCCAGGGUGACGCAAAUGCCUCACCGUGGGUCAUCGCCAUCCGCAAUGCGGGUAUUUCGAGCCUCCCUUCGAUCAUUAAUGUCGGGAUCCUCAUCAGCGCCUGGUCGUCCGGAAAUUCCUUCCUCUACAUGUCUAGCCGAGCGCUCUACUCUCUCGCCAUCGCUGGAAAUGCACCACGGGUUUUCCAGAGGUGCACCAAGUACGGUCUACCACUCCCUGCGGUGAUAGGCAGUAGUUGCUUCUGCCUCUUAGCCUACCUCAGUGUGGGAUCAUCCGCUGGCGUAGCCUUUAACUGGUUUGUCAGCUUAACGAAUACGGCCGGCUUUACAUCAUGGGCCGUCUGCUGCAUCAUUGGCAUACGCUUUCGCAAAGCAUGCCAGGUUCAGGGUGUGGCCGUCCCCUAUCGCUCGCGGUUCCAACCUUACGCUGCAUGGGUCUGCUUGUUCUUCUUCAUUUUCUUGCUGUUGGCGAAUGGCUUUACAGUGUUCUAUCCUGGAAGAUUUACCACGAGUGGUUUCCUCACAACUUAUCUCGGUAUUCCGAUUUUUCUGGUGCUAUGGCUAGGCCACAAGCUGACCUUGGGGCGGAAAGAAGCCUGGUUGUACAAGCCCGAAGCCGUAGAUCUCAUAUCUGAUCUGGCCGAAGUCGAAGGAGACGCUGAAGUUUGGGCUGCGCAAGAACUAGCUCAGAAAGAGGAGCAGACUAGGGUCAAGAGCUGGUGGAAAGCAAUCUCCGCUAUCUGGGCGUGA